CUUAUGGAAUUCCUCCUCUAUGGAUUUUUUUUUAACAACUCCAGAGAUUGCUCACUGUGCGCUAGAGUAGCAACAUCAAGACCUACCUACAAGUAGUAAAGCCAAAACCUGUAGUAAACACUUCUUUUAAUCAUACCAAAUGAACUGUUUGUAGUAUGUUCGAAAGUUGUAGUGCAGUAAAGUGUCUUUUAUUCAUACCAACAUGUUCCACAAGUAGUAUUUACUACCACAAUUGUAGUAAACUUAAGAUUACUACUUUUUAUUCAUACGACCCAGUGUUUCGAUUUAUAAACUUAAAUAAAUAUAGUUCAAGCAAGUUCUGUCGUAAAAUAUUGCCAGAAUGAAUUUAAAUACAGCUUUGUUCAUAAAUGUAAAUAUAAGAAAAGAGAAAACGUUUCUAGACCGCCGCGGAGAUGGAGAUAAUUUCAAAUCGCUAUAUCGAUAUACCCGCGAAAACGUACAGUGGAUAACAGACUAUUUUCUUCAUGAUCAAGAGGAUACAAGAGGAGGGGCUUUAAGUAAUGUCCAGAAAAUGAAAACCUUUUUGCGAUAUGUGGGUGAUCCAGGAUUUCAGGUUGGCGUUGGAGAGGAUAUCGGGAUCCAUCAAACAACAGCUUGCAAAACCAUUUGGUACGUUUGCCAAAAAAUUAUUGAAAAAUCGAAUGACUGGAUUCAGUUUCCGGCAACUGAGGAACAGUUCCGUGAGGCCAAACUUUCCUGGAGUCGCAAGGGACAAAUUCCAAAUGCGAUAGGGGCCAUCGAUUGUACCCAUGUUAAAAUUCUACGGCCACAUAAUCAUCCCGAUGAAUACAUCAACAGGAAAGGAUUAGCAACCUUCAAUGUCCAGGCUACAUGUAAUGUUAAUGAUGUUGUCACAAGCAUUGACUGUUCUUGGCCGGGUUCGGUUCACGAUUCUCGGAUCUGGAAAAACUCAAGCAUUUACCAAGUCAUGUACGAGAACCCUGCCGGCGCUCUUCUGCUUGGCGAUGAAGGCUACGCAAUCGCUCCAUGGCUCAUGACCCCUUACAGAAAUCCCGAUACUCCAGUUCGAGUGAAUUACAACAAGAUUUUUUGUCGAGAACGCGUCGUUAUCGAACGGGUAUUUGGCCAGGUUAAACGACGGUUUCCUUUUUUGCAAAAUACAGUACGCAUGGCUACGCACCGAGUACCGUCAAUGAUACUAGCAUGUUUUGUUCUGCACAAUGUUGCAAAAUUCCUACAGGACGAAGAUUUUGAAGGAGAUGAUGAGAACUCAGAUGGACCAAGUAAUGUUACUUUCAGUGAAACUGGCGAUGUGAAAAUUCGUGGACGCAAUAGGCGUGAAGCAAUUGCUGAACUACUAUCACGCUAAACAUGAAUUGUUAACGAUUUUUAAAGAUACUUGAUUAACUGGACAAACAAAUAAAUACAAAACGUUCAAAUGUCAGCACAUUAAAAAACAGUUUAGUUUUAAAACACAUCCAGAAACAUCAAAAAUACUUGUGUGAAUCACUAGACCAAUCCCUGGAGUUGUUCCAAAAAAAAAUCCAUAGAGGAGGAAUUCCAGAAGGGAUCCCUGGAGAAAUUCCUUCCGAGAUUCCUCCAAGAGUUCUUUCUGAGAUUCCUCUAGAAGUUCUUGUCGGCAUUCCUCCAAAAGAUCCUUCCGGGAUACUUCCAGAAGUUUCUUCCGGGAUUCCUCCAGGAGCUCUUUCCGGGAUUCCUCCAAGAAUACCUUCCGGAAUACCUAAAGGGAUUCCUCCAGGAGUUCCUUCUGGGAUAUCCCCAGUAGAUCUUUCCGGGAUUCUUCCAGGAGUUCCUUCCGUGAUUGCUACAGAAGUUGCUUCCGAGAUUUCUUCCAGCAUUCCUACAGGAGUUCUUUCCGGGAUUGCUCCAGAUAUUCCUUUCAGGAUUCCUCCAGGAUUUGCUUCCGGGAUUGCUCCAGAAACUCCUUCCGGGAUUCCUACAGGAGUGCCUUCCGGGAUUCCUCUGGGAGUUCCUUCCGGGAUUCCUUCAGGAGUUCCUUUCGGGAUUCCUCCAAGAAUUCCUUCCGGAAUUCUUAAAGGGAUUCCUACAGGAGUUCCUUCUGGGAUAUCCCCAGAAGAUCCUUCCGGGAUUCUUCCAGGAGUUCCUUCCGUGAAUGCUACAGUAGUUGCUUCCGGGAU